GUUUCCGUGCCGCGGUAACGAAGAGAUCCGUUGGAAACCGAUUUUCCGAAGGAUUUCACUUUUUUCUUCUAAUUUUUGAACUAAAAAACCAGUUUUCAAUGCCACUGUCUUGUUUGAACUUAUUAUGGAAUGUGGUUGGUAUGCAUAUCAAUCAAAGUCUGGUGAAACUCUCUUCUUUUUCAACAAAAUAACUGGACAGUACAGGUGGCUGUCAUGUUCUUGUUCCAAAAAUCUUGAGCCUUGGAUUCCUGAUGUUAACUCCUUUGGGGGCAUUGCCUCCGAGGUAAUAGAAUAUGAUAAGCCAGAUAAUAUGACAAGUGUUCAUGUCCGAAGCAUCGCCACAGAAACAGACCUACCUGCUGCUCGGAAGACUCUCAACACACAGGGCACCCAGACCGAGUGCUUGGAUGAUAUUUCAUGUACUGAUGAUCCAUUAUCACAAAAUGUUCUUUCAACGAUAAUACUAAAUAACAGUAAUCACAAGAAGGUCCUCUUAGGGGAUAAUUCUAAGCCUGUUCUAUCCAGAAACACUUUUCUGUUACAAGAAAAUAAUAGCAGUUGUAAAUGCAGAGGUGAAGAGAAUUGCAAUGGUUCCUCCACAGAAUCCAAGCAAACUUACAAAAAGGUGAAACUGUUUGAGUGCUCGUACUGUGAAAAGGCGUUUACUUCAUAUGCUUUCCUAGUUAAACAUGAAAAGUAUCACGUUGAAAAUGACAGCCAAAAGAAGGUUUGCGAUGAUCUUGAGGAAACCAGAUCUGUAAAUUCCAUUUCCUUUGACCCUGAAGUGGAACAAGAAGAGACAAAAAAGAACUGCCAUUUGAUGAAGGGUGUUACGAAACAAAACACUGUUGUUUCCACUUUGAUCAACACCCCUCCCUCAACUCAGGCAGACAGUAUUCCCUUUUUUCAAGCCUGCUUCCAAUGUGGAAAGAGUUGCACAAUGUCUGAUGAGUUUGACUCACAUUUACAAGAACACCUGAAGGAACAGUUUUGUAACCCAUGCCGAAAAUCCUUCAAAGAUGCUAACCAAUUUAUGAAGCAUAUUUGCAGUUAUCAUGUUACUCUAAGACGAAAAUGUCAUCUUUGUAAGGGAAAGUAUUUGCUCAAGAGCUCACUUACAAACCAUCUAUGGCAUUUCCACAAAGUAGCCAGCAAUGAUGAAGAAGAAAGAGGUGCUGUUAGUUAUUCACAGAAGUGUGGAUCUUGUGAGGCUUCAUUUAAGCUGUCAGACAAGCUCAUGGAACACCAGAGAGCAAUGAAACACAAGGGGAUAAAAUAUCAAUGUCAUGGAUGUGGAAAACUUUAUGCCGUGCUCAUUGAUCUACAGCAGCACUUAAUACAGGAGCAUAAUCUUGAUUCUCAAAGCACAAGCUCCAGUCUGUCCAGCAAUAGCCACAAAAAGCCUUCGCAACAUAAGGAAAGUCUUAUCAAGAAGAUUAAAAGCUUGGAUUCUGUUCAACCAGAUAGGGAUGCUCAGCGUUAUUGGUGUAACGAGUGUGGUGUUUCAUACACAUGGUCUUGUGACCUUGUUAAGCACAAGAUAAAGAAAAGAUGUUGUUUGGAUAGACCCAUAGUACAAAUGAUUGGUAACAGCCAGCACUACAUUUGCAGUUAUUGUGACAGACCUUUUGAUGACAAGGAACAGUUUGGGAAACACUACGUUAACCAUUUUAAGAAAAACACGCCUAUCAAUUGCGAUCGAUGCACAAAAACGUUUUCCACAUUCCAAUCUUUAGAGAACCACUUUGCAGUUCAUUUAGAAGAAAAGAUCAAGGAGGCAAACAACAAGGGUUACCUAAAGCCAUACUCCUGUGAAGAAUGUGGAAAGUCUUUUGGUACAGUUAGAAAUCUUAGAAGGCACAUCAAACGUAACCACACAAAGGAGAAACAAGAUAAGGCAAUGGGGAAAUUCUGCUGUGAUAUCUGCAAUAAAGUCUAUAGCCACGGAAGCACUCUUUCAACUCACAAGAAAACACACUCAGUCCAGAAUAAUUCAUUUCCACAACGAGCAGCACAAACAAGUACAAGCACAGCGACAGAGCCUGUAACCAAGCUGAAAAGACCAGCAGAAAUAAAUGCUAAUAAAAAUGGCAAUUUGCGAAAAUUUAAGUGUAACAAAUGCCAUAGAACAUUCUUCAAUGCUGAAUGUCUAAGCAGGCACAAGAAGUUGCUCAACCAUGGAAUAGUGCUUCAUUUAAGAAGCUCACAUGUUGCCAAUACUGUGGAAGAACCAAAAAGCAGAUCCCAAAACAUCUAUAAUUGUCAAGUGUGCCAAAAGUCUUUCAAAUACUAUAACAUGUUCUACAAGCAUCGUUCAGCUCACAAAGUAGAAAAAGUUAGAGGAUGUACAAUCUGUGGAAAGUUUUUUAAAGUCAAUGCAUUAUCUAGCCAGAGGUUAUGUCUGUCCUGCAAAAAGGCCCCUCCAAAGAUCACUAAGGAUUUCUUUAGUUGUAACAUUUGUGGUAAGGCGUUCUUAGAAUCAAGAAGUUUGAAAGGCCACAUGCAAGCUCACAGUAAAGGACAUUUUGAUUGUAUGAGUUGCAGUAUUGCAUUUUCAAGUGCCGAGAGGUUGAAYGAGCACAUGAGAAAUCACAAAAAUGAGGUCAGAAAAUUAAAGAAUUUCAAAUCUAAAUUCAAAGGGAAGUUUCAUGAGUGUAACAAUUGUCAGAAGYUCUAUUCAAGCAGAAAAAAUCUUGUGAGACAUAGGAAGAUAUGUAUGAGAAAAGAAAACAACCAACCAGGAAGCAGCCCUGUGAAUAUUGCAGUCAAGAAGAAUAGUGCAGUCAAGAAGAAUAGUGUUGGAAAAAAAGCCCAAAAGAAAAAUGACAAAAAUAAUCAGAACUACAGUUGUCAGAAGUGUCAGAAAUCUUUCGUGCUGUUUAGCGAAUUUUACAGUCAUUGCUCAGAACAUGGAGAAGAGAAGCCGUGUUGUAAGUGUGACAAACUUUUGUCAUCAUCUAGUAGCUUGAAACGCCACCUCACCGAAAUACACUCUGGAGAUCAUACSUUUUAUUGCCAUAUAUGUUCUGAGGAGUUCUACAGUUUGAAUGGUUUAGUAAAUCAUAUAACACUUGUUCCUGGAGCCAAGAGGCAUAAAUGCAAUGAAUGUGGCCAAGUAUUUGCUUUGUGUAAUGGUCUAAUGGACCAUGUAAAAACACAUGCACAGUGAGAUGAUUUUCAGUCAGUGCAAUGGCCUAACUAUAAUGGAACUAUCUUUUCAGUGGUCUAAAGAAAGCCCAGCCAGGGGGAAAACCUUUUUUUUGCAUCCGAAGACAAAUUAUGUAAAACAUUUUGCUCUUUCAAAUCUUUGUUUUUUUCACAAUGUUUCACUGGGAAUGGAACUUUCUUCAAGAAGUUUUAACCAAUAAUUUUUAAACCCCAUUUUUUCCAUUCUGAAUUAUUUUUAACUUAUCUUAAACUGGUUAAARCAUGUAUGUAUGUAGCUUGCAAAAUUCACCUAUAAUGUUUUCACUUUUAGACUGUGGGCCUAACAUAAAGCCUUAGUUUUUAUGGUUCGUUUUUUAUGAUGCUGAGAUGCUGAGGAGCAGAUAUUAAUGUAGUUUGGUUGCUUGAUAAGGGUGUAAAAUUAAUUGCAAAAACCCUCAUUUGCAACUUUGAAUAGAGACCACUUAAUUCACACUUAUCUCAAAAUUGCGAGGCAAUAAUAUGAAAGAAACUCCACGAAUGGACCGUUUUCUCAAGGUUGCAUGCGCAUCCAAAUUUAAGGAGCUUGACAGGCCAGGGUACCAGAACAGGAGCUUA